AUGCCGCCCUCAUCACGACCAACCACCGGUCAUGACCAGAACAACAACGACAACGACGAUCCAAUCCCCACAGAACGCAACACUGGCCAAUCCAUAUCCCGCCUCUCCUUCCACGCCCUAACAAUCAGCUCCCUCCUCGUCGCGCUCCUCGCCAUCCUCAUCGCUCUAUUCCACCCCUCCUUCUCCUGCGCCAACACCAGCCUCAAACCCACCUUUUCCCCCUCCCCCAUCCCCAUCAGCAAAGUCCUCAAACAAAACCUCGCCCUCGCCAAACACCCCCGGGAACACGGCGUGCUCACCCACGCCCUCCUCGAGCUGCAGAACCCGGAAUUGACGGUCUUUGCUGGGCCGGGGUAUGGUGUGGAUUUGAGGAAUCCGUUUCGUGGCGAAGGAGGUCGGGUGAGGGGGCUUGAGGCGUUUCCUGGGGGGAUGUUGCCGAGGUGCGGUGGUGGUGGGAGCGGUGGAGGGUGGGGGAGGUAUGAUGAGUGGACUAGGGUGAAGGGGUUGAGGUAUGCGGCGAGUAAGGUUAGGACUACGGGGAAUGGGAGGCGGAUGUCGAGUGUGGGAGGAGAUGGGUGGGGGAAGGAGGGAAGAAAACAGUGGCUUAUUGAGAGUGAGGAUGCUGCCGAUGCGGCGAGUUUGGGAUGGGCGACGCUGCUUUUGGAGCGGGCUGGGGCUAUUGAUGUAAGUAAUCCAGUUGGGGUGGGGAGGAAUGCGUAUGGAGAGGCGGCGGAUGAGAUGGUGAGGUAUCUGGUUGAGGAUAACGCGAAGUUUAUCUUGAAGGAUAAUGCUGUUGCUGGUGGAAGUCUCGAUGUAGGCAGUAAAAGUUUGGAGAAAGACCAGCCCCUGAGACGGAUUGGGCAGUCUACAGGCAAGAACUGGGCGAUCAGUCAUCGUACUGAUUCAGUGCAGUUGUGGGCCGACUUUGUGUUCAUGGUGCCGCCAUUCCUUGCAGUGUAUGCUGUGGCGAGACAGGAUGAGCGGUGGUUGCGAGAAGCAGUUGAACAGAUCAGAGCUUACAAGGCAGUAUUGGAUGAUAGGCAUUUUGAGUGUAAAGACCUGGACAACACCAGCUUUCCAAUAAACUCCACUCAUAAUUCCGCUGUAACAAGCAGGAAAGGACUCUGGAGACAUAUAGUAAGUCAGCCAAGAAAUGUUGGUCAGGGUGAGUGUUGCCAUGAUGAGGCGUUCUGGCUGACGGGAAAUGCAUGGGCUCUCGCUGGGAUUAUCAGAGUCCUUGGCGUGAUAGAACGGUGGGAGGCACCAAGAUCGACUGCAAAGACUUUAAACUCGCAGAUAAAGUCUGAUAAAUGGAGAGCUUCGACGGAACUGCUGAAGGGAACGGUUAAUGAAAUGCUAUCGAGUCUAGUGUCACAAAACCUGGAUACGUCAGCCCUGUUGAAGAACUACCUCAAUACGCCUGGCUCGGAAGCUGAACAAUGGGCGUUCGAGGAUGCUGCGGGGAGCACAUUGGUGGCCAGUUCUGUUUAUCGUCUAGCACAGUUGGGUGCAUUGAACGACCCGGGCAUGUUGUCGUGGGCGGAUCAGCUGUAUGAUGUUGUUGCGAAGCACAUCAGUGCCGACGGGCUGUUGAGAUCUGUUGCAACAAUGAGAGACGUGCCAUCGAGGUAUCCUGUUAACGCGACAAGUGAAGGGCAGAGCUUUGCGAUCAUGAUGUAUGCUGCUAGAAGAGAUUGUGCGAAGCUUGGAAUAUGCAGUUAA